GGUUCGCGCGGUGAGGGUCUUGUCUUCGUUGUAGUAGGUGAUGGCGAUCAGCAACUCGGUGUGUCGGUUAUACAUGUUCGCUCGAAGAUUAUACCCAUUCUUCAGCGUGAACUCGCUGGGAUCACAAGUCGCUGCAGUGUCUAUUCAACCCGAUGUUAGCCAGCAUUCUCGUCCACCACGCCACCUGUCUGUCCCUUCUACGAUCCCAUCGCCUCCUCAUCAUGGUUUUCACGGGGUGCACGUACAUCUCAAAUGCGUAAACUCCUCGCUCCCAAUCUCCAAAUCGUUCCGAUACUUCGCUUGGAUCGCAUUCUGAAUCGCGCUGGGCACGGGGUAAUCCGCACUCAACACCGCCCCCUGCACCAACUUGACCUUCCUCGUCGCGUUCCGCUGCAACCCUCCGGACGCUUUCGGCGGUUGCUGCCGCUGCCGAAACGCCUCCACGCUUGCGGUCUCGUUGCGGUUGUACGGGUCUCCCGCAUACGGUGGGACCGGGGGAGUGCCUGGGCUGCCGACGCCAUAUUGCUCGUUGAACGGAACGGGCGGGGUGGUGGUGUGGGUGUAGGCGCUGUCGGCGUAAGUCUCGGUGAGGGAGUAAGCGGAGGUCGGGCGCUCGGAGGGGGUGGUGGUUUGCAGGCGGUAGGUGGGAUCUUGAGGAGGGAUGUUGUGGGAACGCAUGCCGGUGGGAUCGCGGUGGAGGAGCGACUGCUCGUCUUCGCCCUCGGAGGAGUCGUGGCGAUUAUGAGGCGGCGGGUAUUGCUGUGGGAAGGACAUCAGCGGACGUGGUCCGAGAGGAGGGCGUUUCUGAGGAUCGAUGGUGUAUGAAGAUUGAAGGGUCGUUGAAUAGAAAAUAGGGGAACUGUGGGUUCACCAAUUUCAUCCGCGAGGGAGAUACACGUACAUUAUUACCAUGUGCGUCGUAGCCCGGUUGGCCUUGACCCCUGUAUGCCAUGUUUGAGGAGGAUGGGGGGGUGGAUUGUAGUUUGAAGUAUCGAUUCCGGAGUUCUG